CGUCCCCCGGAAGUGGAGCCCGGGACUUCCACUCGUGCGUGAGGCGAGCGGAGCCGGAGACAAGAGCAGAGGCCGAACUCGGGAUCUGACAAGAUGGCCGGGCUGCCCCGCAGGAUCAUCAAGGAAACCCAGCGUUUGCUGGCAGAACCAGUUCCUGGCAUUAAAGCAGAACCAGAUGAGAGCAACGCCCGUUAUUUUCAUGUGGUCAUUGCUGGCCCCCAGGAUUCCCCCUUUGAGGGAGGGACUUUUAAACUUGAACUAUUCCUUCCAGAAGAAUACCCAAUGGCAGCACCUAAAGUACGUUUCAUGACCAAAAUUUAUCAUCCUAAUGUAGACAAGUUGGGAAGAAUAUGUUUAGAUAUUUUGAAAGAUAAGUGGUCCCCAGCACUGCAGAUCCGAACAGUUCUGCUAUCAAUCCAGGCUUUGUUAAGUGCUCCUAAUCCAGAUGAUCCAUUAGCCAAUGAUGUAGCCGAGCAGUGGAAGACCAACGAAGCCCAAGCCAUAGAGACAGCGAGAGCAUGGACUAGGCUAUAUGCCAUGAACAAUAUUUAAGUCGAUCGAUCAAGUGUACACCACUUCUCCUGUUCUGCCAAGACUUCUUCCUUUUUUUUUUUUUUUUGUUUUUUUUUUUUUGUUUUUUUUUUGUUUUUUUGUUUGCAUUUAAUGGACACAGUCUUAGAAACAUUACAAAAUAAAAGCCCAGGCAUCUUCAUCUUUGGUGAUUACAUGCACAUUAGCAAAUCUGUCUUGUCCUGAUUCACUGUUGUAAAGCAUGAGCAGAGGCUAGAAGUAUCAUCCGGUUGCUGAGACGCUGAGAAGCAGGCCUCUCUGCUUUGACCCCUCUCCCCAUCAUGGUUAAAGUACAAGGCACUGUGAAUGGAGAUUAGUUGUCAGGGUUAGCUGCCAGGGAUGUGGGCGUUUUUAUUUUAUUUUUUUAGGGGGAAAGUAGCUUUAUUUUAAUUUUAUGGCCUCCUUUCCCCUCCCCCCUUAAAGGAUCUAACUGCAGUGGUUAAUGCAGCUAACCGGUUUUUUAGAAUAUGCUCUCUAGCCAAGUCUAACUUUAGACGCUGUAGAUGGACAAGCUUGAUUGUCGGAACCAAAAUGGGAACAUUAAAUAAAACACCACAGUCCUCACUAAUAAUAUUGUGACUUUGCUGUCAAGUUUAGAUCCUCCGUCCCCCACCCCUACCCCCAAAAGACGAAGAAAAAGCUUGUGACCAUUUUGUAUGGCUUGUCUGGAAACUUCUGUAAAUCUUAUGUUUUAGUAAAAUAUUUUUUGUUAUUCUACUUUGCCUUUGUACAGUUUAUUUUACUGUGUUUAUUUCGCUUUCCCAAUGUGACAAUCGUAUUUAAAAUUAAAAUAGAUGGAACGUUCUGUUUUAGUCCUCUCUGUGACAAAUUGGCAAGAGGAGAAUUUUCCCAGUUUGUUUCAUUGAUGCAGAUUUGUUAGGAUUCUACUGAGUGAGUAUUUAUAAACUGGCCCUGAGCAUGCAUGAAGCAUCAAUAUCUGACUUUUUUCCCCUUAAACCUCCUAGAAAUUUGAAAUAAACAUUACCUGAUUCAAUUAGGUGAUCCUCAGUGUCCUUGCCAUGUUUGAAAGUUGACCAUACCCAGCAGUCACAGUGAAGAGGACAGUUGCAUGUCACAUCUGACAUCCACAUGUCUGCAUUUGAGUCUCAGAUGUAGGUUAUGACUCUUCUCUUGGUUCUUGUCUGGAACUCUGUGACUAUUGGUUUGCGCUAUUAGGAAACCCCUAAUUAUUUGAUUUUUGCUGAGGCAGUUUUGAGUCGUCCUGCAGACCUAAUGAACCCAGGCAGUCAUUGGCUCUUCGGUUCCUGUGCAUUUGCUAUGAGAACCCCUCCACCACCACUACCCCCCCCCCUUUUUUUUUUUUAAAGAAAAGGGAGUCUUAUUAUAUGGCUGUCCUCCACCCAGAGAUCUCACUGCCUCUGCUAGGAUCAAACGCCACUGUGCCCAGCUAUUCCUUUUGUCCUUUAAUUGUUAGUAAUUGUUUUCUUCCUGUGUAAAACAAUCCCUUUCCAACCUCUUUUUCUACAUUGAAUUUCUGAUUCUUGUUAUUUUUAAGUUAUGUACAUGCAAAUGCUAACAUGUAUUGUCAGGAAUCUUCGUCUCCUGCAAUGUAAGGUUGUGGGUUUCUUCAUAAAGUUUUUUUUUUGUUGUUUUUUUGUUUUUUUGGAAUGCAGACUAUUUUAUUGUGUUCUUGUAAGAUGAAUUAUCUAUUAAAAUUACAUUUUCAGCAUAUAAGAGAUUUUGACAACUGGUAACUGGAUCGUUCCAAAUAAAUGCAUUUUGUUAACAAAUGUAAAGUUUAGAAUAAAAUUGCUUAUGGCCCAACCUGAUAAUGUAAAAAUUUAAGCUCUCUGACAGCAGUUGUUACUAUCCUUGGCCUGAGUGUAUCUUCGUCCAUGGCUAAGGCAGUUCUCUCAUUUUAAGAAACAAACUUGACAGGACUUGAAGUUAAUUAACCAUUCAGCAGUCAGCAUCAUCCUGAAAGCCAGCACUGCCCCUAGUUCUAGCUGGCCCCUCACACAUUACCCACCUUGGCCUAGUGUGCCCUGGGCUUUCUGUUUCCCAGUUUAAUUUCCUGGUGUUACAUUUUCUUUGGAGAUUUUGAGCCCCCAUUGUUUGAAACUUGCUCUCUUAGUUGGAAGAAGCAAGAAUUGUUACUUAAUGCCUGGACUUAAAAAGACUUAGAGGAAACAACAGGACAAGGUAACUACACCUGGUAACUUCCCCUGGCCUAUGGGCCUGUUUUCAUUGGCCAGGAAAAUUGUUCCUUCAAAGCAGUCAGUGGCAGUAUUGCAGAAACUUGGGAUAGUCACACAGAAAACGUUUGUAACAUUUGAAUAAGAAGGUGUAGCACUAAUUAGACUGAUGGACAUUAGAUUGCAUGGACAUCUUCUGGCAGGAGCUGAGUAGCAGUCGCCCCUGGAUGACAGGUCAUUCUCCUGUUUAAAGUAGGUUGAAGUCAUUCCCAGACCACCUGUUUUCUGUAUGUGUGAUUCUGUUUUCUUACAAAGCUUUGACUUCAUAGCCCCAGCAAAAGAAAGACAUUCACUUAACAAAAGCAUUUUAACAUUUGCCUGUUGUCUGCUGGUUAGGGACGGAGAUGUGAAUUAAUAGUUCGGGCCUUUCCUUUGAAGGGACAGCAUAGGCAUGGGCCACAGCACAGGAGUUGCAGCUCUUGGAAAGGCUAAUCCGAUCAAAUCAGACAAACUCCUCCAACCUCCAGAAAUCUGCCUCCAGAGCUCAGAGAGAAAAGAAAACCAACUUCUUCCAAAUUGGCAUCUUGAAGUCAGUUCUGAAGCCUUAGUGUGUAAAUCUGGGCUUUGUGGUUUGAAAUUUUUGUUCUGCUUUGUUGACUAUUUUGCUGUGAUUCACUUCUACUGUGAGAUUAGUUCUCCUUGGUUGCUCAGAUCUUAGGAAUUCUGUAUGUAAAACUGAAUACUCACACUAGACCAGGAAUGCACUUGUAAGUUCAGUGUAAAUUGAUAUAUUAAAACCACAGGGAUGCUGUGGUCAUCAUUUCUCCAGAGGGUGGGGAAGACCAUCUGGUGUUCGGUAAGGACCAGUCAGCCAAGUAGACCUCAGUGGUGACGUGGACAGGAGGUUGGCUUUGUUUCUCUGAUAGUUUAGGCAUUGUUCUCUUGGCUAAUCUAAUAACUACAUCAGGUUUUGUUACUGCAGAAUCGAAGUUUCAAGACUACAACACAGGAAAGCUAUCCACACACAAAUUACACAAUGAGAUGAGAAAUUGGGUACCUAACCCACUAUUCCGUAAGAAAUAUGUACUGGUUCAUUGGAAUGUGUUCUGGGGCUGGGGGCAACACUUCAUCUGGCUGUGAAGCAUGCCGCCUUUUAAGGAGCUGUAUCAGGGUUUAUAUUUUAAGUCAAAGGAAAACGUGUUGAAUGUAAUUUCAAAGAAGUAUAAAACAAUAAAAACGUAUACCAAUUGGA